AUGGCUGCCCACGCUGUUCAGUGGGCAAAAUCCAGCCAGUCAGGAACCAGCGGCUGGAUCAGGCUUUCUCCUGACAACGCCUUGGGAACCAGGGAACCGCCGGAGCCCAGCCCCCGGCUCUUAAAUAGAGGGGGUCCAGGCAGUGGCAGCUCUUUCCACGCCUCGCCUCUCCCCCAGAACCCGCCGGCUGAACACACCGAGGAAGGCGCCAUCCGAAUGGCCAACACCAGCUUUGACGGUCCCGGGAGGCGUCCCCUGUCUCUCUUGGUCAGCAGAGAGGUGGCUGCCACCUUGGCCCACCAGACGCAGCCGAGGCAGCCUCUCUGGCAUCAUCCGAGCCGCUGGGAUCUCCUUGUCCCGCAGAGGACCAAGCCUACCCAGCGAGUAGCUGAUUUCUCCAUCCGUUCCAUUCUGGCCCAGGACGGCUCUGGAGGGGAAAGGGAGACACACCAGGAGCUGGCAGAAGGGGCAAGCGCCAUGGGAUGGGGCAGCCCCUCACAAGGCUACACCUGGAUGCAUUGCGGCCGCUUCAAGCCCCCUUCCGUUCCAAAGAUGAAGCAGACGGGCUGCGGCCCCCGGCCCACCUCCCGAAGCCCCCGGGUGCCAUUCUCUGCCUCUCAGCUGGGGACCCUGGAGAGCAGCUUCCAACAAGCGCAUUAUCUGAGCACCGAGCAGGUGAGGGAGGUGGCUCUGCUGCUGGGCCUCACGGAGAACCGGGUGAAGAUUUGGUUCCAGAACCGGAGAGCCCGAGAAAGGCGGGACUUUCUGAAGCAGCACAGCACUGCCGCUGCCACCCCCAGCGCCAAGGAGACCCCUCUGCCAGGCCAACCCGCCUUAGGUUGGCACUAA